UGAUAACUUGACAUUUUCCAAUCCAAUUUUGUACAGGUUGAAACUUGUGAUGUAGAUUUGGGAAAUCAUGCAAGUAUUUCAUUUGAAGAUGUUGAUGAUUAUUUUGAUGAUUAUGAUGGUGAUACAUGUGAUCAGGUUGAUUGCUUACUUGUGGCGAAUCCGAGUCUGACCAAAUACAAAUGGAUCACAAACAGAAUGACAUUAGAAAAGAAGAUCAAAAAGAAGCAGAAAUUGUUUCAAAUUUCACGCGUGAAACAUGCCAGUGUAGUGUCUUUUAUGGAAGUAAACCAUGUUCAACAAUAGUUGGUGUUGAUAAUUUGCUAGAAAAUUGGACCCAAUGCCAGGAACUGUCUUCAAGAGAAAAAGAACUUGUAGUUAAAUCCCAACUUUGUACCCAAAGAAAAAAUAGAACUUUUACAUCUGAAAACAAAAAAUCUAAAAAGUUGCGAACGAGACCGUCUCAGAAAUAUUUUUUCCAUGGUCAGCAAAUUUGUAAGAAAACUUUCUGUUUUGCAUUUGCAAUUUCUCAGUCAACUUUGAAAAGAAUGAGUAAGUCUUAUUAAUAUGACAUGUAUGGCCUGAGUGUCAAUGAACAUGGUAAUUGCAAAACAACACCUGCCCAUGCACUUUCAUUCGACGAUACUACAAGAAUAAAAAAAUUCAUUGAAGAAUAUGCAAAUAAAAAUGCAUUACCUUUGCCCGGACGACUGCCUAAUUGUCCAAAGCAGACAGUUUUGCUUCUUCCAUGUGACAAAAAUGUAACUGACAUUUAUGACUUAUACAUGAAGAGUGCAAAGGAAGCAAACUAUAGAGUUGUGUCUUUAAAAACAUUUAGAAACAAAUGGAAUUCAUUAUGCCCCCACAUUGCAGUAGCUACACCAGCGACAGAUUUGUGUGUAAAAUACUAAAAUGUCAAAAAUUCAUGGGCAAAUUAAAAACCAAUGCUCAUCUGUCAGAUGAAGAAAGGCACAAUGUACUAAGUGACUAUACAUGUCAUGUUCAAAAGGCCAACCGGCAACGCCAACUUUUCAAGGACCAGGUUCUUUGUAGUAAAGCUGUGUGCAGUACUACAGAUGUCACUGAAGGUGCAGAACCAUGUUCACUAGAUGCCACACUUCACUACUCAUGGGAUUUUGCCCAGUGUGUACACUACCCUCAUCACGCCAUGCAAGUGGGGCCAAUCUACUUUGCGACACCAAGAAAGUGCCAUGUGUUUGGGAUGUGCGCUGAAGGAACAGGAAUACAGAGAUUCUAUAUGAUUGACGAGUCAGAAAUGCCUGGGAAAGGUGGCGAUUGUCUCACAAGUUUGGUGCACCACUAUUUUUCUCACUUUGGCGCUGGAGAAAAACAGGCAGAGAUUCACUUUGACAAUGCUGUUGGGCAGAAUAAAAACAACACCAUUCUGGGCUAUUGCAUGUGGAGAGUGUUGACAGGUCUGCAUGAGUCAGUUUCCUUGAGUAUGAUGCUACCGGGACAUGCCAAAUUCACGCCAGAUUGGCACUUUGGUGUGUGGAAAAUAAAAUGGCGCCAAUCAGAUGCUGAAUGUAUGGAGGACAUUGCUUACACAGUUAAAGCAUCUUCUAGGUCCAGGCAUAACAUUCCGCAACGCGUAAAUGAUCCAUCUAGACCGGUGAUGUUUUUGAACUGGAAGACAUUCUUAGAAAACUAUUUCAAACUUUUAAAAAACAUCACAAAAUACUACCACUUUCGUUGCACUGCGGAUGAGCCAGGGGUUCUCAUUUGUCGAGAGUUCUGUGACUCGGAGGAAGUUAGAUUUAAUCUUCUAAAGGCAAGACCCGAGGCAGGCUGCCUUCCGACAGUUAAGUUUAUCCCCCCUCUAGAUCAUCUGAGGCAGUGGUAUCUUUACGAGAAAAUUGCACCGUUCUUUAUCAAUGAAGUUGCCAGAGACAUUGUGUGUCCCAAACCAUCUAUUCCAAAGUAAAAAAUGUGAGAGCUUGUUAUCCUAUUAACAAUUGUUCAUUUUCUCAAAUUGUUGUUCUUGCAUUAUACUUAUGAUAAACUGUUUUCUGAUUAGUAUUCAUGACUAUGACAUUUACAUGGUAUUGUUAUUUGUAUGACAAUUAGCUGAAUAUAUUAUUAAUAGUGUGUUUCUUUAUUGAAAGUGACAUAGCAAUCAAUAAUCAAAAAUAGUUUAUGGGCAUAUAUAAGCUGAACUGAGAUUUAUAAUUAAUUAACAACUCAAUCAUAGUGAUUUCACUAUAAAAUAUUCUGUACAGUAUGAUUAUUACAUUGUAUAAUAUGACUGGUAUGUGUUCAAAGAUAACUUAAACUGUUGUAGUUUGUAUUGACAUCAAAAUGUGUGAUGUAAACAUAUGUGUUCAUAUUAUGUAUCUAUUAUAUUUUACAAGUAAACGAACAUAUUUUGUUGUGUAAAGUUUAAUCUAUGGUGACGUUUACCAUUGAAUAUUGAUGUGCUUAUUGCUGUAAUUUUCUUUUAUUUGAAAAUCAUGUUUUUGGACCUCUAUAUAUGAAAUGGGUUGAUAUUAUUUUCUAUCUACACUUAUGGUCAAUUUCAUUGUUGAUAACAGGUACAAAUGAAAUUGAAAAUUUACUGUUUCCAUAGCAACUGUUAACUUAAUUUUAAAAAAUCUAAUUAAUUGUGUAUCAAUCUUUGAAUAAAAUACAAUUGCUAAAUAAACCAUGUAUGGCAGUAUAGAUGCUUAACAAAAAUUCAAAAUGUCAGGUUUUUUUUUCAUUUUAGUUUCAAGUUCGUUGCUAUACAAUAUGUUCAAUUUCUGAAUACACCCCUAUUUUCAGAAAAUGUUCAUACAUUGAUUUUACUAUAAACAUGUUGGUAAUGUUUAUUAUCUGUCCAGAAGAUAUUUUGUUGAUGUGUUGUUAUUCUGUGUCUUAAAUUCUUUAAAAUGACAAUACAUUUGAAAAAAGAACAGUGUCUGUUUCCAUGGCAACAAUGAGCGUUUAAUGUUUUAUAAUAAUACAAUUAAUUAUGUAAGUCAUAGUUAAUGACUGUCAUCACCAUACACACACAAUUGAGUGAUUAUCAACAAAAACUGAUCAGCAUAAAAUGAACUAAUACUGGUAGAAUUACAACGUCAUUUCGUUGUAUUGAAACGUCAUUUCGUACAAAAUCGCGCAAAUCAGUGUUUCUGACAUGCAAUACAAAAAAUGACAUAACUUCGUCAAAUUUAGGAAUUCAAUGCUCGAAUUUCAGAUUUUGAUUUUUCAGAUGUAGCACUUUCAUAAUAUAUGCUUAACUGAAAAAGUCAUUUUUUGACCAGAUGGGUCAAAAUCUCGUUCCCAGUCACAUUUAUAUUUUCUCCCCUCUAUCAAGACG